AGAGCGAUUGGACUGGAUGAGAAAAUCAAGGUGGAUCUCAUUAUCAUAGGCUCAGUUGCCGUUGAUCCAAAAACAGGUGCUCGACUUGGGAAGGGAGAGGGUUUUGCAGAACUCGAAUAUGGAAUGUUGCGAUACAUGGGAGCCAUCGAUGAUUCAACACCAGUUAUUACAACCGUUCAUGACUGUCAGCUCGUAGAUGACAUACCCCGAGAGAAACUGGCAAUUCACGACGUUCCUGUGGAUAUUGUAUGCACUCCAACUCAAGUCAUAUUCACAAGUACAUCGAUCCCGAAACCUCAAGGAAUCUAUUGGGAGAAACUGUCACCAGAGAAGUUAAGACAGAUACGGAUACUGAGAGAGCUGAAGAACAUGUUAGAAAAGAAAACCGGCCGCAAGCUUCCGACCGGCCCAUCUGAGAAAUUACCACCCACAGCCCAGCGGAGACGCCGGUAAUUGGUUUACGGACCAGUAUUUGGUUUGGUUUUCUUUGUUUAACCACUUGACCGGUUUCUGUUUUGGUUUGAUUGGUAAAUUUCUUAUCCGUAGUAAAAUGCACGCAAAUGCAUGUAUAAAGAAGGGGGGGGGGGGGAACGUGAUGUUUAAGAAAGUUGAAUUGAACGCCUUCUAAACCGGUGACCAUACCGGGAUUUCACAACUAUUUGCUUA